CGCCGCCGCCGGCAAACAGCAAAGUGGCAAAGAGGCUCCAGGCUGUCCUGAGGCGUCCGCUAGCGCAACUUUCGCCGCGUUGUUGAGGCCCGCUCCGCGCCUUCGCGAGUUUGCAGCUUUCGAGAAGACCGAGUUCCUCGUCGCGGAUUCCGACCGCCUUUCCAAAGCCUGAACCUGAGCGCGGGGCAAGGAAGAGAGCAGGGCAGCGGCAUGGCGAAAACCGCGGCCAUCGGCAUCGACCUGGGCACCACCUACUCCUGCGUGGGGGUGUUCCAGCACGGCAAGGUGGAGAUCAUCGCCAACGACCAGGGCAACCGCACCACCCCCAGCUACGUGGCCUUCACCGACACGGAGCGGCUCAUCGGGGAUGCGGCCAAGAACCAGGUGGCGCUGAACCCGCAGAACACCGUGUUCGACGCAAAGCGGCUGAUCGGCCGCAAGUUCGGCGACCCGGUGGUGCAGUCGGACAUGAAGCACUGGCCCUUCCAGGUGAUCAGCGACGGCGAUAAGCCCAAGGUGCAGGUGAGCUACAAGGGCGAGACCAAAGCGUUCUAUCCCGAGGAGAUCUCGUCCAUGGUGCUGACCAAGAUGAAAGAGAUCGCCGAGGCGUACCUGGGCUACCCGGUGACCAACGCGGUGAUCACCGUGCCGGCCUACUUCAACGACUCGCAGCGCCAGGCCACCAAGGACGCGGGGGUGAUCGCGGGGCUGAACGUGCUGAGGAUCAUCAACGAGCCCACGGCCGCCGCCAUCGCCUACGGCCUGGACAGGACGGGCAAGGGGGAGCGCAACGUGCUCAUCUUUGACCUGGGCGGCGGCACCUUCGAUGUAUCCAUCCUGACGAUCGACGACGGCAUCUUCGAGGUGAAGGCCACGGCAGGGGACACCCACCUGGGAGGGGAGGACUUUGACAACCGGCUGGUGAACCACUUUGUGGAGGAGUUCAAGAGGAAGCACAAGAAGGACAUCAGCCAGAACAAGCGAGCCGUGAGGCGGUUGCGCACGGCCUGCGAGAGGGCCAAGAGGACCCUGUCGUCCAGCACCCAGGCCAGCCUGGAGAUCGACUCCCUGUUCGAGGGCAUCGACUUCUACACGUCCAUCACCAGGGCGCGGUUCGAGGAGCUGUGCUCGGACCUGUUCCGCAGCACGCUGGAGCCGGUGGAGAAGGCGCUGCGCGACGCCAAGCUGGACAAGGCCCAGAUCCACGACCUGGUCCUGGUGGGGGGCUCCACCCGCAUCCCCAAGGUGCAGAAGCUGCUGCAAGACUUCUUCAAUGGGCGCGACCUCAACAAGAGCAUCAACCCCGACGAAGCCGUGGCCUACGGGGCGGCGGUGCAGGCGGCCAUCCUGAUGGGGGACAAGUCUGAGAACGUGCAGGACCUGCUGCUGCUGGACGUGGCCCCGCUGUCGUUGGGGCUGGAGACGGCCGGGGGCGUGAUGACCGCCCUGAUCAAGCGCAACUCCACCAUCCCCACCAAGCAGACGCAGAUCUUCACCACCUACUCGGACAACCAGCCCGGCGUGCUGAUCCAGGUGUACGAGGGCGAGAGGGCCAUGACGCGGGACAACAACCUGCUAGGGCGCUUCGAGCUGAGUGGCAUUCCUCCGGCGCCCCGGGGGGUGCCCCAGAUCGAGGUGACCUUCGACAUCGACGCCAACGGCAUCCUGAACGUCACGGCCACAGACAAGAGCACCGGCAAGGCCAACAAGAUCACCAUCACCAACGACAAGGGCCGCCUGAGCAAGGAGGAGAUCGAGCGCAUGGUGCAGGAGGCGGAGAAGUACAAGGCCGAGGAUGAGGUGCAGCGCGAGAGGGUGUCUGCCAAGAACGCCCUGGAGUCCUACGCCUUCAACAUGAAGAGUGCCGUGGAGGAUGAGGGUCUCAAGGGGAAGAUCAGCGAGGCGGACAAGAAGAAGGUGCUGGACAAGUGCCAGGAGGUGAUUUCCUGGCUGGACGCCAACACCCUGGCCGAGAAGGAUGAGUUUGAGCACAAGAGGAAGGAGCUGGAGCAGGUGUGUAACCCCAUCAUCACUGGACUGUACCAGGGGGCGGGUGGCCCCGGGGCCGGCGGUUUUGGGGCUCAGGCCCCCAAAGGGGGCUCUGGGUCUGGCCCCACUAUUGAGGAGGUGGAUUAGGGUCCUUAACCUUCAUUGCUCCUGGUUUCUUUACAAGUUGGUAGUGACCUGCGGACCUUGCUGUUGCACUGUUUUUUUUUCUACCUUCCAUUUUCUACUAUUUUAGUUCAAUCUAAAGUUAGGUUGUUACCUGAUAGUAUUUGUCUUUAUUAUUUCUUUCUAGUGUAAUACUGUGUUUGGUAGAAUUUUUUGCUUUUAAAGUAACUGGUACUGUAAGUUUUUUUUUUUUCUUUUUCUUUUUUUUUUGUCUGUAAAAUGAGUAAAUACUGCCACCCUCUGUCCAAUUUUGCUGUGUAAACACCAGAAGUCUUGGAAUGUCAUUUUAGGUUCGUAUGGUUGUUUUUUAUAAUUUGUAUACUUCAUGAUGGAAAAUAAAAUGUUAAAAAAUG